AUGACAAGCAACACACAGAAAUUCGAUGAGAACAGAAGUAAACGUAAAAAAGAGAUGGAGAGUGAAGCUUCAGAAAAUCCACAAUUGUCCUCCCUUGAAAAAUCAGAUCUGAUUUUUUCUGAGGGCUCACAGUUGCUUUACAAACCUGAACAUCUGGAGAAGGUUUUAAAUGAGAUGAGCAAAGAAAUUAAGAACUUGCUAUCAAAAUAUGCCCACAUUUUAAGUGACAGAGCAGCGAUGGAUGCUUCUUAUGUCCAGGAGCUUGAUGGAAUCUUGAAAGAAGCGAAAACCAUAGAAAACCACUUAAAACAGAAAAGGGAGAAUUUGAAGCAGAAAUUCACAGUGAUCGCAAAUACUCUGCAAAGCUAA